CUUCACAAAUUAAUGACCAUGAGCUCGUUUUUGAUAAACUCCAACUACAUCGAGCCCAAGUUCCCUCCCUUCGAGGAGUUCGCGCCGCACGGCGGCCCGGGCGGUGGGGACGGCGGCGCGGGCGGGGGUCCCGGCUUCCCGCGGCCCCAGACCACCCCGCACCUGCCGGCCCCGAACCUGCACGCCGCCCGCCAGCCCCCAGCCUACUACGCGCCGCGGGCGCGCGAGUCCAGCUACCCCGGGGGCCUGUACCCCGCGCCCGCCUCCGCCUGCCCCUACGCCUGCCGCGGCGCCAGCCCCGGGCGACCCGACCAGUCCCCGGCCCCCGGCGCGCACCCCAGCCCGGCCCCGCAGCCCCCCGCGCCCCCUCGGCACUGCGCUCCAGGCCCCGCCACCCCGGCUGUCGCGACGGGGGGCAGCGCCCCCGCGUGCCCGCUGCUGCUGGCGGACCAGGGGCCGGCGGGCCCGAAGGGCAAGGAGCCCGUGGUGUACCCCUGGAUGAAGAAGAUCCACGUGAGCGCCGUCAACCCCAGUUAUAACGGAGGCGAGCCCAAGCGCUCUCGAACCGCCUAUACCCGGCAGCAGGUCUUGGAGCUGGAGAAGGAAUUCCACUUUAACCGCUACCUGACCCGGCGGCGCCGCAUCGAGAUCGCCCACACGCUCUGCCUGUCCGAGCGCCAGGUCAAGAUCUGGUUCCAGAAUCGGAGAAUGAAGUGGAAGAAAGACCACAAACUUCCCAACACCAAGAUGCGAUCUUCCAACCCUGCCUCGGCCCCUGCCGGCCCUCCCGGAAAAGCACAAACUCACAGCCCCCACCCCCAUCCCCACCCUCCACCUAGUGCCUCCACAACCAUUCCCUCCUCCAUAUAACCAUCCGGGGACCUACAUCAGUUUCUGUCACUCACCUGCCCUUCUCCGCUCCUGCCCCUGUCCUCACCCACUCCUCCCCAAGGAAACCAUAACAGACACCAAAACAA